AGUCUGGGUCAGGCGGCCAUUGUAUCGCUGCAGGGGAAAAAUGAGUAACCAGGUGCAGCUGUUGGUGACUCCAACCAAAGCCCUGGUUGAUGACAAGGUGGACAUCACCGUGGAGAGGCUUGCUCCCGGACAGCCGGUCACCUUACAUGCACGGCUGGUGGAGGGGACGGCCCGCUUCCAGUCAUACGCACAUUACAGGGCUGAUGACACGGGGAGAGUUGUCGUGGCCAAACAGCCUUCACUGGGAGGGCUCUAUGCGGGUAUUGAACAGAUGGGUCUGUUCUGGAGCAUGCAGCCCUCACCUGGUCAGAAGCCUGGACUCCGACUGAGGAAGAAAGACGUGUCCACACCAUUCCUGGUAGAAGUCAGCGUGCACGAAGGAAACGUUGCUGUGAUGGGAGAAAAGAACUUGGCCUGUCUCGCAACUAAGACAAUCGAGAGAUGGUAUCUGGGGGACGAUGUGAAGAGGAUACCUGUGAAAGAAGGGCGUGUCCGUGGAACGUUAUUUCUACCUCCAGGUAAAGGCCCGUUUGCCGGUGUCGUAGAUAUCUUCGGAUCGACCGGAGGUUUGCCGGAGUACCGCGCGGCGUUGCUGGCAUCCCGGGGCUUUGCUGCGCUGGCCCUGCCUUACUUUGGUUAUGACGACCUCCCAGAAAACAUUUCCGACAUUGAUCUGGAUUACUUUGAGGAAGCGGUGGACUGGUUCCUAAGUCUUCCAAAUGUCCGAAUCCGAGGUGUGGGUGUUUUAGCCACUUCGUAUGGAGGACAUUUGGCUUUGUGUAUGGCGGUGUACAUGAACAAGGUGGAUGCAGUUGCAGUCAUAGGAUCUUACACUGCUGUGGUCGGGAAUCCACUGCCAUACAAGAGUAAGGUCUUACCCUGUGCAAGAUUUGUACUAGAUCAAGUUAUAUUCACCAAAGAGGGGUUUGCAUACUCAGGGAAUUUACUGGAGGAUACCACCAAAGAUCCAGGCCGGAAAGCAUGCAUUCAGGUGGAGAAGACUCAGUGCCCCAUCAUGUUCGUGGCAGGAGAGGAUGAUCUUAAUGUAAAAUCAGUUCUCUAUGCAAAUCAGGCCAUUGCUAGAAUGAAGGAUCAUGGGAAGACUAACUACACCCUACUGAGUUACCCCUGGGCAGGUCACCUGAUCGAGCCACCAUACACGCCUCAUUGUGGCGUGUGCUACCACGCUGUUUACGAUAAGUGUGUCCUCAUGGGUGGGGAGCCUAAAGGCCACGCCGCGGCCCAGGAGGACUCUUGGCACAAGAUCCUGGAUUUCUUUAGGGCACAUGUAGGCAGCAGUGCCCAUAGCAAACUAUAAUGGUCCUUUUUCUCAAAUCUUUGCUAAUUGCUUUAAUUGACUGCUUUAUCAACUGUGCAAUACUUCGUAACUGUAUCUUAAUAUAAUACCCUGUCUAGUCCAUAUAGAUAGGAAUAUUAUUGGCAUAAAAAAUACAUAAUGAAUAAUAGUACUGGUAUCUUUUUUUCCCGGCAGCUGUUUGUAAUGCAUCAAAUGAUGUCUCAGACAUAAAUAUCAGUGCAUAUACAUAUCUGAAAUGAAUAUUUGAUGCUAACUAUACAUGUAAAUAUCCAUAUUUCUUGUCUAUGUAUGUUUGUACUUUUUCAUUACCUUGCCAAAUGAAAUUUGUACAAUCUACGUACAUUGUACCCCAAUACCAGAUGUCAUUUGGCUGGGAAAAUAUGAGUUGAAUCCAUAUUUACCGAAUUGCAGGUGAAGAAAUAAAGAAGACGAAUUCGAAACAUCAGGCAAAAUUACAUGUUUCCCUCCAAAACCCGUUGUAUGAAGUAUGAUAUAAAAGAAGCUGUGUACGCUUUAACUGAUAUUAAAAUCUAGGACAAAUUAAAAACACAGACGUCUGCUUUUUUGAAAUAGAAGUAAGUUCAGGUGAUACAAAUUGAUUCUCAGUCAUCAGGCUAUGCUUGAAACGACUGGAUCGAAUGUCACGUUUUUUUACGUUUUUCUUUUCUACUGUUACCAUAAGAGAACGCUCUAAAGGGCGAAUAGAGAUCCACAUAACGAACGUCACCCUGCUUUACAUAUUCAUAGCCAACCAAUGACGCACCGCGGCCCAUACGGGAUUAGGCCACACCAUGUAAUUU